AUGCAGCUUCGGGAGGAGGCGCUGUCAAUCGGCUCAACGGUUCAGUACUGGAGCACCACCGUCCAGCGCUGGGUCUCUGCCAGCGUGCUUGCGCUCAACGAGGAUGGCACGUACCGCCUGGACAUCAAGAAGCGUGCCUCAAGGCAAUUCAUCAAAGAGGCAGCCGGUGCCGAGGCAAGCCAAGAAAUGCCAGCCGCAGCUGAGCCUGCCGUCCCCUCCGGAAAUGCUAGGGUGCGUGGACAUGCGAGCUUGAAGCACGAGAAGGUCGCGGCCCGCACGCCGGCAAAGAGGCAGCGCCGGGCACGGAGCUCUUCCAUCGAUCCCAACAAGGCGAAGGCGAAGACCAGGAAGAAGACUUCGACCUCGAGUGAGAAGCAGAGCUCCUCCGACAGCGACUCAGACAGAGGGAGCGAAGAGUCCUCGAGUUCGGAGACAUCGUAA